AUGUCUUUCGACGAUAUUACCGACCAAUUCAUUACAUACGAGAGUCGAUUGGCUUCUUUUCAGAAAAACUCCAAAAAGCGAGGAUCUGCAGCGAGUGGACGGGGCAUUAAAGCUCUCAACUGGCCUCACAAGACCAUUACACCCGAUAGCCUUGCUCGCGCUGGACUCUUCUUCAACCCAACACCACAGAACCCCGAUAAUGCGCAAUGUUUCCUGUGUCACAAGGGCCUUGACGGCUGGGAAGCCAACGACGACCCCCUUGUCGAGCAUCUGACGCAUGCUCCCGAAUGCGGCUGGGCAGUUGUCGCUGCGAUCGAAUCCAACGUGGGAGAUUUUGCGCAACAAGCCCCAGACCAGCCGUACAUGAAGGAAGCUCGAAAAGCAACGUUUGCUGGCAGAUGGCCCCACGAUACUAAAAAGGGAUGGAAAUGUAAAACCAAGCAGCUGGUCGACGCCGGUUGGAAGUACACGCCAACUGAAGAGUCGGAUGAUAUGGCUACCUGCACCUACUGCCAACUCGCUCUCGACGGUUGGGAACCCACCGACAAGCCUCUCGACGAGCACUACAGCCGAUCUCCUAAUUGUCCAUUCUUCAUUCUACUACAAGCCAAGAAAUCGAGCAAAACCAAAGCUGCGCGCGCAUCUAAAGCGUCGCGUUUAUCUGUCCAAUCCGUUGCGACCGUUGCUUCAGAAGCCCCUUCAAUGAAUGAGUCAACAGCUGCUAUAGAUGAUAGCGUUAUGACAACGAGCUCCACUGCAACAGGCGGAAAGAAGACAAAAGCACGUAAAGCGACAGCCAAGGGACGAAAAACAAAGGCAAAAAAGGAAGCAUCAAUCGAGGAUGCCGAUGCGUCGCUGCAAGAUGAAGAGCCAUCUAAGCUUUCCCGAGGGAGGAAGCGGGACAGCUCAGCGGUGGAAGAUGUCAGCAUGGCCGUUUCAGAUGCUCCACCAGGCAAGAAGCGCGCGAUGCGUGCUGUCAACGAGUCUACAGUAGUACAAGAUGAAGACUCAGAUAUGGCCGAAGUUUCUGCUCCUAAGAAGAGCAGUAAAAAGAAGACGACCCGAAAGCCUGCAGCUAAAUCGUCACAUGAUGUCUCUACAGCGUCUGUCACGGAAGAGGUGGCACCAGCAGGCUACGAAGCAACCCCCGGAACGUUCCCAGACGAUGAUGAAAUCGAACGACAGCUGGAAGCUGACCUGGAGAACCAACUUACUGAAGAUGAGGAGUUGACGUUUGAUUCUGAUUCUGAGAGACGCCAGAAGAAAGAGAAGACGUCAAAGACGUCACUGGCCAGGACUGAGCAGCAGGAGUAUUCACGCGACUAUGCUAUGCUAAAUCCUGAACCUAUUGAGCCGGAUGAGGACGAAAUCGAUGAUGAUCUCAAGGCUCUACAAGCUGAGAUGGAAGUGAGCAACACCGAACCAGACCCAAAACACGAGCCGCAACCAGAGUCAGACGCAGAACCUGAAGCUGGGCCUCAAGAGCUGCAGAUUCCAAAGAAGGGCCGAAAAGCCGACACCAAAAAAGCAUCUAAACAGACAAAGCCGAAGAAAACAAAAGCUGCGCUAGAGGUGGACGAGGAAGAUGAUGCUGAAACAGAGGCACAAGCACACGAAGACAGUGUUGCCAGCACUGAUACUGUUGUCAAGAAGUCAGCAGCAGCUCGCUCAAGCACUGCCAAGCGAGGUCGAGGACGUCCUUCUAAAGCAUCUCUCGCCUCUCGUGCUUCUGCAAACGAAAUCGAGCUGGUAGAAGCCCCAACAGAAACCACCACUCAAGCCGCCGAAGAGCCACCCGUGAAGCGAGGCCGUGGUAGACCUUCCAAAGUGUCAUUGGCAUCCCGACCUUCUGUUGGUGCAGAUGAGAGUCGAUUGAGUGACGCGCCCCCUAAACGUGGUCGUGGUCGUCCGUCAAAGAAGUCGCUGGAGGCUCGAAAGUCACUGGAAGCCGCGGCUAGCCAAGAGCCAACCCAACCAUUUAGCCAGCCCGUGGAAGAUCGCAUGCAGGAAGAUGUCGAGAUUUAUGCUUCCGAAGAGCCUGUUCGUCGUGCUGCAUCUGUGGAGUCAGCACAACAAUCGCCUAUGCCAUCAUCCCCGCCGCCCAGCGCAGCUCAUCCGGCUAACCCGCCUUCUACCCCUGGAAGAGUCAUUUCCCCUGCCCCUUCAGCCCGACAAGCAGCUAUCUCCCCUUCUCAAUCGCCUCAGGCCUCGGAUGCCGAGAACGAACCACCAUCAUCAAGACCCACGUCCGGUGCCAACCCCAAGAGAGUGGCAUUGGCGCCUGUCAUCACUACACCUACCCGUACAUCGCCUUCUAAGCUCUCGCCAUCCAAACGCAACGUAAUCGCAGGACUUCGUAGCACUGCCCCAUGGACGGAGUUGGAUCUGGAUACCGUUUUUGGAACACCACUCAAGGACUCAGAUAAGGAGAAUGGCCUGGAAAGGUAUCUUAAGCAGGGCCAGACCUUAACAUCACCGGAGAAGCAGAUGACAGUGCAGGAGUGGAUCUACCACAACGCUUCAGAGGCUGAGAAGCAGCUGAAGCACGAAUGUGAGGCCAUAGUCAACCGGUUCGAAAGCGAAGGCUCAAGGGCCAUGCACGUACUGGAAGGAUUGGUUGUGGAAUGA